AUGUUCGAGCGACGAGCCGCGGAUCGAUAUCGCCUUCGAAUGCACCGAGCCCGCUCGGCCGUGCUGACCUCAGACGAAAUCGUUGAGGUGCGCGCAGCCCAGCGGACCUUUGAAGGUGCUUAUGUUCGGACCGCUCUCUCCCAGUUCUCCUUUGCCCUCGUCGUACUCAAGAUUUUCACCGCCGAAUUCUACAGUAUUGGGGCGCUGUUUGCCAUUUACGGGACCGGUGUUUUGAUUAUCGGCCUCUUCCGCCGUGCCCAAGGAAACCGACAGUUCUUCUCGGAGCUAGGAGAAGAUGGGAUUCAUCGCCACAAAUUUCGGACCAGUGGGAAUGCCGUGGUGGUGUUGACCGCGCUGAGCAUUGCAGCAUACGCGUGCUUGAUCGGUCUGACCCUGAACCUGGAUCGCUGA